AUGGCGCUCUUCAAACGCCUCUUCCCAUCUCCACCUUCACGCACCUGUCGCUGCCGGCUACCGGUCCAGAUCUCCGUUCGUCUGGCCCGGCCAGUUUCUCUCGUCUUUCUCCUUCUCUUCUGUCCUGCGACUCUCUUCUCCCGCACUGGCGACGGCACUGGCCCGAGUCUCUUCUCUCCUGUGCAGGGUGUGCAAAUUCCUUCCCGAGGCUUCGAGGCCGGGCUGCCGACACCCUUUGCCUCUUCUUCGUCUUCUUCUCCUUUCACAGACAGGUCUUCUCUGUUUGAGCUGCCCCCGCAUCCGCUGAUUCUUUUGUGCGGCCCGCCGUGCAGCGGCAAAGGCAGUCUCGCGAGUCUGCUUUGCCGCCGCCUUUCGCUCUCGCAUGUGAGCACCGGCGAUCUUCUCCGUCAGUUUCUUCGAGGGGCCGGGGCCCCGGAGGGUGCAGAGAAAAGGGAGGACGAACUGGGCUCGAAAAAACCCGGAGAGGACCCAGGCAGAGACGCCGAUCACGCACAUACACAUGGCAACGCAGCCGACGCCACGCAGGCGCUCCAAAGCGGCAAACUCGUGUCGGACACUUUGAUUCUUCAACUGCUGCACAGGGAGAUGGAGCGACUCAGCGCCGAACAAGGGGCGCAGAGAGGGGAGACAACGACAGGAGAGAACAUCCAAGAGAGCGAACAGCGCAAGCUGCGCGGAGUCGUUCUCGAAGGCUUCCCGAGGACGGCGGAGCAAGUCGACAUGCUGUAUGCGAUCAACUGCAAACCAGAUGCGAUUGUUUGCCUCGACGUGGACGACGCCGUGCUAUUCGAGCGCUUGGGAGGGCGCCUGAUCGACCCUGAAACCGCUCAGGUGUACGGGGCUGCGAACCCGCCGCCUGAGGCGAUUCGCCACCGUUUGGUGCGCCGCGCCGACGACACGCAAGCCGUCUUGGCGAUGCGGAUUGAAGUGUAUCGCCAGAGCUGGCGAGAGAUCUCGCGCAGACUCCGUCGGCACGCCCAGUGGGGAGUGCUGGAGCCGAGCGAGCGCGCCCCGUUCCGCGGUGGACAGGCAGGCGGACACCUGCUCACCCGCGCACUGGACGCGGAGGAGCGGCGAAACGCCGGUCGCGAGGCGGGGCCGCCUGCCUGCCAGGAGCUUUCGACGCAGGAGGAAGAGGCGAACGAGGCGCUUCCCGAAGCCUUUGCAGCGGUCGAUGCAGGCAGAGACAUCGAGGAAGUGUACGCGGAUGUCGUGGAAUUUCUGCGGAAGAAGUUCGGCGCGAAAGUCGUCGAAAAGGCAGAGUGA